AUGGAUCCAAAGGAUCUUAAAUUACGUACUCUUUUAAUUGAUAUUGGUGAUAAAUUAUCAAAUAAUGAUCGUGUUAUGCUCGGUUUUCUUCUCACUGAUGAUGUACCACGUCGUGAUCUCGAUAGUGUAACUCGAGAUAGUAGAACAUCGAUGAAUAUUAUAUGGGAUACAUUAAUUGAGCGAGGAAAAAUUACUCCUGAUAAUAUCGAUUAUCUUAUUAUUCGUCUUGAAAAAAUUCGACGUAUGGAUUUAGUUCGACAACUUAAACAAUAUUCAUUAACAUCAAAAUUUGAAAAUCCAGUCGAAAAACCAAGAACUUCUUCAGAUUUAUUUACUCGUAUUGAUCCAUAA